GAUUUCCCCUUUGAGCAAACAGUGGAUCAUCACUGCUACAACAAACGAUCUGUGUUCGCGGCGCUGCGACGGCAAACUUACUAAGUUAACCGAGUUUAUCCUACUUAGUUAAGCAGCUAACUGAAAACGAAAUAGCUUUUCUGUUUUUAUUUAUUUUAAGCUGUAUUGAGCAGAGGUUUUUCGAUUAAUACGACAUAAGAUACCGGUUGCUUGUGGCCUGCUCGCUACCAGGUGUGCAGAGAGAGCGACAGGUCCCGAUAUCCUUGGAGGAUGCGGCGAAGAUAUUGAAGAUUUUGAGGGAGUAAAGAUGUCCGCAGGCAAGAUGAACCAGGAAGACGUUUUGGCAAAGCUGAAGAAGGAUGUUCGUUCCUUGCUCAUUUCAUCCAAGAUGGGCUUGGACCCUGAGCAGCUCAGGCGAGACUACAUGACCAUGUUGGGGCAUCCCAUGCCCCUGAAACUCCUGGGUUUCAGAAACAUUAUGGAUAUGGUGAAGGAGAUACCUGAUGUGGUUUCAAUUAACUUCAGGGCAGAUGGCUGCAUCUUCUUGAAGGCUAUUAGUGACGAGUCUACCCGAAACAUCGAGGAGCUGGUAGCUAAUCAGCGCACGUCUAAGAAGACCAGGAGGGGAGGUACCAGCUACUUCUCGCUCCGCUACUGUUCCCAGUCCCCAUCCUUGGUCCUUCCCAGAAGAGGUCGGGCUCCUCCGGCUCUUCCCGCCCAGCUGAGGGCCCAGCUCCGCUUACUGCUCUCCAAGGGUCCACUGCGGUUGUCUGACCUGGAGGCGUGCUAUCUACGCUGCUUCGGCCACCCGCUGCGUAUCCACAACUAUGGCUUUUACUCCACUGGAGAGAUGCUGGAGGCAGCGGCGGACCUGGUCCUUAUCCAGCAGGGCAGGCUGGGCUCAGUUCUGACCCUGAGGGAACAUAUGCUGCCCAGGCCACUGCUCACACCGGUCAGUUCACUGAAGAGGACUGGACUAAUAAAGCCAGUGUCACCUAAAACCGACCAGUUGGACUCCAAAGGGCCAGAAACCAGAGCUCAGACACCAACAAUUCCCCCAGUCCCAGUGAAGCAGAGUCCUCUGAGCAAGCCCUCUACUGUGACUACCUUGGGCCCUGUCCAUAAAGAGUCAAUCCAGGAGGCAAACCCAGAGUUCUGCCAAGAAGGUCGGCUCUUUCAGAAACGUGUUCUCAAGCUGGAGGAGGAGCUUCGCCAUCAAAUCCUUGAGAAUGGAGUUGCAGGCACCAUUAGUCAGGAGCUGAAGGACAAGCUACGAAAGGUUGUAGGUCAGAGCAGUGGUGGAUUGUCAGUGCACGAUCUUCCUUCUGAGUACAAGAGGCUGUUUGGUGAGGACUUACCACUGCGACAGAGCGGCUUUGUCAGUGUCACCGAACUGGUCAGUGCCAUGAGUGACAUCUUCCACCUGAAACCUGCAGGGCAUGAAGAUGGACUGCACUGGAUAGUCAUGGACAUACAGGACAGUGGCAUUAAACAAUCAGGCUCCAAGGAGUCUGAGAGUUUUGGUGAUGAUAUGAAGGCCCCAUUUACAAGCUACUUCAGCUGUGGAGUGUCUCCUUGGGAAGGUGAACCAGAAGGAGAUGCUGAUAAUAUCACAGCAGAUGAUGAGAAUGAGGUGCUACAGACAAGAAACAAUUCCAAGACACAUGAAAUGAUGUCUGAGAUCUACCCCGCCCUUCAGGUGCAUUGCAGCCCUCAGGUGCCUCUGGACGCCCUGCAGUGUCAACGUCUCAAACAGCCGACACGUCAUGCUGCCCGAGAGCUGGUAGAAGUCAUGGUGGAACAGGUGGAGUCGCCUGGAUAUUUUCACAUCCGCUUCAGCGAGACUGAGGAGGCCCGAGCUAUGGAGGACCUAAUGAUUGAGAUGAGACGACAUUACACCUGUCCUAAGGUGUCAGAGCGCUACCGCCUCCCUGAGCGAUUUGUCCGACGGGGUCAGGUCUGCUGUGUGUCACCCAAAGGAAUGUGGUUCUACCGGGUGGUGAUCCAUCAGAUAGUCAGCCCCACUCAGGUCGAGGUGUACUAUGUCGACUUUGGCGACAUGACUGUGGUACAGAGUGCCAACCUCAAGUUCCUCAAGUCAUGCUAUUCGGUUCUUCCAGCUCAGGCUGUUCCGUCAUCACUCUCUGGUAUUAAACCCACCACUGGCAGCUGGACUGCUGAGGCCAUAGCUUCUUUUCAGAAGCUGUGCUCUGAUCGCACCCUGGUGGGCGCUUUGGAUUGUUACAUUGGAGAUGUGCUGCAGCUCUACCUGUGUGACACACACACUGAUGACGACAUCUACAUCCACUCUGCCCUGUUGAGCCUGGGCCACGGGACAGCCUGCAGCAGUGCAGCACUUUGUGUCCCAGUCAACCCAGUGAGUCUCUACCUGGGAGAGGGAAUGAUUGACCUGCCAGAGGUAGAAGAGGAGACCACUUCUUCCCCCAAGCCUGCAAACAUGCUGGAACUGUCCAUGUCAGCUUCACUGGAGGUUGAAGAGGAAGAGCUGCCCGGCCUGGAAUUUAUUAAGGAAAUUGAGGUCGGCCAUCACCCCCAGAGUAAAGACAACAACCUGUUCAGUGCUCUGCUAGAUGAACAAACCCUCAACUGUAGUGAAUUGAGCUCGGCCUUGACCGACAAAUCGCCUCCUGUCAACCCUUCCAGUCCCACCUCCAGCCCUCUCGCCCCUCCAGAUUUGAUCCAGUUGAAGACAACCCCAGCUUACUGUAAAGCACUGAGCACGACUCCGACACCAGAAGAGGAGCUGCACUGGCCCAGGCUUGCUGCCCCCUCGUACAUCACGCCACCUCCGAUCCUGAGGACGCUGAGCCUCCACACCCCUGACCUGGGCCAGGGUACAUACACAUACGCAUUGAGAGAAGUACACAAUGAAUAGAGAAGAAGCCAGUCUGGUAAGGUGUUAAGAUUCAAAGUGGGUUACUGCAACACAUUGAUAUAAAUAAAUAGUUUGCCUCUUUGAUGUAGAGUGACAGAAGAAGUUGAAGAAGUAUGAAGCUAUUUCAGCAUUGUCACCAUUCAGUAGAUCAUAUAUCAUGUUAAGCAAAAUGCUUUGUUACAUAGUUAAAAUAUAAACAUUUGAUUUUUACAAGUCAUCACAGACCUUUAAUCAUCUCUAAGAUAGUAGUUAUCAUUUCCUUUAAAUUGUAAAAUGAGAACACUGGAACAAGUCCUAAUGUACUGUGGUGGCAGUUUUUGUA